AGACCACCGCAGGGCGCCUUGUUAUUAGCGUGUUGAGCUUCAUUGCACGUGCAAGUAUUCCAUUGUCUCACUCCACAUCAGCAUACAACAACCCACGUACUCAACAAGUCUUCCACCUUCAUACUUUAUCUUCAGCAUAUACUGUGCAUGUUAUUACAUCAAAAUCUCCGAUGCCACACUCUACUUCGAAGCAGUCUGACGCAGUUCUGGAGUUUCUUUGCGAUCGGCGAUUCCACCAGCAAUUCACCUACGUCCACGAGAAUGAAAGACGCCGCGUAACCUAUUCUGACUAUGGAGAUUCCACCAGUAAAUCUGUCAUACUCUUUUUCGGUGGCCUGAUGGGUGCCCGCUUCAGCUACUCACCUCUGGACCAACUGGCCAGGAAACACAACGUGCGAAUCAUUCAUCCCGAUCGACCCGGCGUUGGUGGCAGCGAUCCAACUACGAUCGAGAAUCGGAUACCCACAUACAUUGACAUGGUCCCUCGUCUACUCAGCCAUCUUGGGAUCGAACAUGUUGCCCUGGCAAGUCACUCUUUUGGCACGAUCUAUCUGCUCAACACAAUGCUGGCGUAUCCUCACCUCUUGCAUCCGCGGAAACCAUAUGUAGCCUUCUUCGCACCAUGGGUGCAUCCCGAGCAUACUGGGAUUAGACAUCUCCAAGCUGCAGAGAUGCUGCCUGGAAGUCUGAUCGGAAAAUUUUCGUCCCUGGCGCAAUUUGUCAACGAUAGUAUCCUACCUCUGACUGGGAUGAGUGCUGGGCUUAGUAGUGCUGUGGUGAACAGUGUCAGAAGCUCGCUGCCGCAGUCGAUCGCUCCUGAUGUCCAAAUACCACUCGCCACCCAAACCGAUGGAACACGACAGAUCGAUAACAACGGUCUGAAUGAGAUUGAUCUGAACAAUCAGGCCGUAGUGAACGAGCUGAGAGAGCUGAUCCCUACCUUCCUUUUUGCGGAGGGUGUGGCUGGCGCAGGCCAAGACACGCAACUUUGCCUCCGCAAGCCACGUUCCAUCCCCUGGUGCACACCACUGCGGCAUUGGGAUGAUCAUGACGAUGCAGUACGUCAGCUUCGGCAAAUCAUCAGCACGGAAGAGCUUGAGAACGAAGAGAGGAGGGCGUGGCAGAUCGAAACGUUUCACGCGGAGACGGACAGCUUAGUAGGGAAGAAUGGACAGACGUGGUUCGACGGCGCUUGGACAGGAGAGGAGAUAACGGAAUCUCGUCACCCAGAUGCCAUAAGGUACAGCAGUCGUAUCGUGAAGGGCUCAGAUCAUGACUUCAUCUUGGAUCCCGCGUUUGGCGCAAGCGAGACAUGGUUGAAGCAAGUCAGUGAGUCCUUCACGUCUUGUCAGCUCGACGAAGGCCUGCCAGGGUCUGGGCGAUGACUGUUGAUCAAGGACAAGAUCGAGAGAAGGAGGCUCAUCCUCUCAAAGUAAAGAUGGGUUGUCAAUUCGAUAUGAAGCGCUAUUAUCAAUAUAUGGGAAAGUGAUAUGAAAUGGGUAUCCAGUGGUAAGGUGGUUGAUGGUGUGAGAAGAGAGUUGGAGCAUGUUCUCAAAAACACGUGAACCAAGCACGCUCAGUGUCGCGUGAGAAGAUCGCAAGGGCAAAAAAGAAACUCCCCCGGAAAGGCUCGAACUUUCAACCUCCUGAUGUGCCAUCAAGCGGGUACGGAUAACAGUCAGACGCGCUAGCCAAUUGCGCCACGGAGGAUUUGAUCGAAGUGAUCAGUGGCAACUGUUGUUGUUUGCUUUGAUGGAAACUGGCCCGGAUACAGCUUAGAUAUUGCGACACAAAUCAUCAACGACAUGCUUCUGACCGCUUCA